AUGGCCAACAAAGAGACCCAAACGUCAGUGUCCCCGCAAAGCACCCUGCAAUCAGCGCAUGAUUCAGCUAGCAUGCGGGCCAUGUUCGACGAUGAUAACCCAUACGACAUGGCCGACGCGUUGGAGAGCAACGAGGGAUCUGCAGAGAGCAAACCUGAUAAAUCUCCAAACGAGAAAGAAGACUCGAACGUGGACUGGGACGGCCCAAAUGACCCGGAGAUGCCCAAGAAUUUUCCCCGAUGGAGAAAGUGGGUGAUCACCAUAAUGCUAGGAAUGAUGACAAUCUGCGUUACUUUCGGGUCUUCGGUUUUCAGCACAGCAACAAAACAAACGGCGAGGAAAUUCGGGGUUUCCCCAGAAGUCAUGGUGUUAGCUGUCAGUUUGUUCGUCCUGGGCUUCGCUUUUGGCCCCAUUGUGUUCGGGCCCUUGUCUGAACUGUACGGACGAAAGCGACCGCUGUUUGUGGGUAUGUUUAUCUUUGCAAUAUUUCAGAUCCCCGUUGCGGUAGCCCAGAACUUGCAGACUAUCUUCAUAUGUCGCUUUCUGGGAGGAGUUUUCGCCAGUGCACCCCUUGCCGUUGUAUCGGGUAUACUGGCCGAUAUGUUCGACCCCGUAGAACGAGGGGUUGCAAUGGCCAUCUUCGCCGCGGCAACCUUCAUCGGUCCAGUCGCUGGACCAAUCAUUGGCGGGUUCGUAACGAUCUCCUACCUAGGCUGGCGUUGGACCGAGUAUAUCACAGCUAUUUGGGCAUUCGCCACCGCUGCCAUCGCGCUCCUGGUAAUUCCCGAGACGUUCGAGCCGACAUUACUCGUGCAACGCGCCAAACGACUGCGACACAAAACCAAGAACUGGGCUUUGCAUGCAAAGGCAGAAGAGAAGGUAGUGAACUAUCGGGAUAUCGCGGUACGAUAUCUCCUGCGCCCGUUUCAAAUGCUCCUGCAGGAACCCAUUCUUCUCCUCCUUACCUUGUAUACAGGUUUCAUCUAUGCAUUUCUGUACACAUGUUUCGUGGCCUACCCGAUCUCUUUUCAAGAAGACCGAGGAUGGAAUGGUGGCGUGGGAGCAUUGCCGUUUGUUGCUGUUAUUUGCGGUGUCUUUUGUGCUUGCUUGAUUAUCAUUGCAUUUUCAUUGACGCGGUAUAGAAUGUUCAUCCUCCUUAAUGGCCGGGUUCAGCCAGAGGAGCGGUUGAUUCCUAUGAUUCUUGGAGGUAUCCUGUUACCUGUGGGCAUGUUUUGGUUUGGCUGGACCUCAAAUCCACACAUUACUUGGAUUCCGCAAGCUGUAUCUGGGAGCUUCUUGGGCUCAGGUGUCAUGUUGAUCUUCUUGCAGGGACUUAACUAUAUCAUCGACGUGUAUCCCAUGUACGCCAACUCUGCGAUCGCAGCCAAUGCCUUCUUUCGUUCAUGGUUGGGGGCUGGAUUUCCUAUGUUCGCAUCGGCCAUGGUGUGUUAUGUCCCUUUACCGGCAGUGGAACAAUUAGGCUGA